AAUAGGAAGCAUCGUACUUCUCCAACGCAGCCGUGUUCAGUUGAGUGAGCGAAUCUACAAUGAAGGUCAGCAGAAGGACACUGUUUUUGAUUGUCGCACUGACAGCUGGAUUAGAGGUAGCUGUUGAGGUGAACAGUGUGAAGACGAAAAGUGGACAGUUUUCCUCUGGACUAGGCAGUGAGGCUAGCCAAUUUUCAAGACAAACCCUCCCUGGUUUGACUCUCGAGGUCCAGCCCGAUGACGAUGACGAGGAUGACGACUUGUUUCCGGAUGAGCUUGGCGCGUCGUACGAGGGAGUUCUCAGCUCCAUGACAAGCCUGUCCCCUGAGGAGAUGACAGCGGCUGAAGACAAUAUCUUUGUGCCUCAGGAGGUACCUGGCGCCAAGGAGGUGAGUAGCAUUAAUCAUUACUGUGAAUCCUCGGGCGCUGAGACGGACACUGACAGGAGUACUCUCCUCACUCACUGCGGUUUUUGGAACGAGCAUAGCAAAACAGCGGUGGUGUGAAUUACCUAACAUAUGUGCGCACAACUCCCUUUGGUGAUGGCUUCGUACACGCAAUAGCCGUCAUCAUUUUCCAUUCGCUUCGGACCUAUUUUGGUUGCUGACACAUUCUCGACCCUGUCUACAGUGUAUUGAAUCUGUAUUCCAAAGCCAGCUAAGAUUCCGCUUGACAA